AUGCCAUUUCGGUUCCUGGGCGCUUUGCGCAUCGAACAUCGAGCCGUGUGCCCACCCUUCGCUACCUACAAGCAACGACUGAUUCCUACAUCGUUGUCAACACAUCUUCAGUGCAGAUACCAUGCCACGCAAAUCCAACAUACAGAAGCCUUUCACAAGUCCGACGCAGACAAGAAUCGUGUCAUAAUUCUUGGUUCGGGCUGGAGCGGCUACAAUCUGUCGCGCCGACUUUCUCCGUCCUUUUCGCCAAUCGUGAUCUCCCCUCGUUCCUAUUUUGUCUUUACGCCUCUCCUCACCGAUACGGCAAGUGGAUCUCUUGAUUUCUCCAAUAUAGUCGAGCCCGUGCGUGAUCCGCAUGCCAAAGUCGACUAUAUUCAAGCCGCGGCAAGAUCGAUUAAUCUGAAGAAUAAGACCAUUCUAUGCGAAGCAACUGUGGUCAAGAGCGGUGUCACCGAGGCACAAGUCCCGCAGCAUGGAAAUCGUUCGUGGGAGCAGGGCGAGAUGUUCGAGGUACCAUAUGACAAACUUGUUAUUGCGGUAGGCGCUGUGAGCCAGACCUUUGGGACUCCUGGUGUCAAAGAAAACGCCUUCUUCUUCAAAGACAUUGGUGACGCUAAGCGUGUGAAACGUCGCGUACGUGAGUGCUUUGAGUUGGCCGUCCUUCCGACCACAUCCCCUGAAAUGCGAAAAUGGUUGCUUCAUUGGGCGAUUGUCGGCGCGGGUCCCACUGGCGUUGAGCUAGCGGCGUCACUGCGUGAUUUUAUCUACAAGGAUAUGAUGAAACUCUAUCCCGCUCUGCAAGGCAUUCCUAAGAUCAGUCUCUAUGAUGUUUCCCCCAAUGUUUUGUCCUCAUUUGACGAAUCCCUCUCCCGGUACGCCAUGGAGACUAUGAAGAGUGAAGGCAUUGAUAUCAAGACUUCUCACCAUGUUGAAAGCCUUCGAUGGGGAGCACCAGGCGACCACCCACCUCACGAGAUGGAUCCGAAGCGCUGUCUCACCCUUACAACUAAGGAAGAAGGCGAAGUUGGAGUCGGAGCUUGCGUGUGGGCAACAGGAAAUAAAAUGGGAGAAUUCAUCGACUCCCUUGACAACAUCGACGAAUUUCCCAUCGACUCGGUUGAGACAAGUAGCUCACUUGCACCCAAUGAUGAGCAGCAAUCUUUGUGGAAGUUCAAAAAGUUCACCAAAACAGGUGCUUUGCUUGUUGACGGACACCUUCGAGUGCAGCUACAAGACGAUUCCGGCCGCAUCGCAGUUCUGCAAGACGUCUUCGCGACAGGGGAUAAUGCUAUGCUUGAGACUGGAUCACCUCCCGCCACGGCACAGGCUGCAUUCCAAGAAGCCAAAUGGUUGGCAACAAGGAUGAACAAAAAUGAUGUGGGCCAGACUUCAGCCUUCUCGUUCCGCAAUAUGGGAACCAUGGCUUAUCUGGGUAACCAGCGAGCACUGAUGCAGAUUCCUCAUAAUGACGAGAAUGGAAAUCGCAAAAACUACCUACCUGAAGGUAUCACGGGUAGGAUGGCUUCAUUGGUUUGGAACGCAGCGUACAUUACCAUGACCAUCAGUUGGCGCAACAAACUACGGGUUGCAUUCCGAUGGACUCUCAACAGAAUCUUUGGGAGAGACAUAUCGCGUUUUUGA